AUGAACUUUAAGAAAGAAUUAAGCUAUGAUGACGAUUUAAAAGUUGAAGAUUACCUUAAAAAAAGCUUUACUGGUAAUGACAGAAAGCAUCUUCCAUUACCUGUUAUUGCUCAAAAAAUCGUUCGGAAUGGUUGUACGAAGGACCUGCUAAUGAUGAAUGUGCUAUCGGUAUUCGCGACUGUGAUACUCUUCUUGCCACCAUCAUCUGUAUCACCUGUAGUUCAAAUAGCUGUUGAUGUAAAAAAUUCGGCAAAAUUAAGGCUUAAAUGUGUAUCAAAAUCAGAUUCUUGUGUGCGAACUAGUAAUUCUGAAUUUGAAAAUAUGUGCUCUUGCCGUUUCAACACAAAUGCUGUUGUAUUAUAUCCUGAUUCUAUACAUCGUGGCGAGGAUCAACUAAUUCCUACUCAUCAUUGUGCUAUUUAUGCUGCUUUCUUUAACAGUUAUUCCCGAAUUGUAGGAACCUGUUUUCCUUAUAGAAAACCAAUGUACUAA